CCCAAUAUGGCAGCAAUGGUCGGUCUUGCACGGUAACUAAAGCAACAACAACUCUUUCUACAGCAACCUGUGAAAAUCGGGUCGAUUUUGCCCGACCGACCGCAGACAUGAGGGAAAGACAGAAGAAGAAAAAGGGGAGGACGUGGGCAGAGGCCGCCAAAACGGUUCUGGAGAAGUAUCCGAACACACCGAUGAGUCAUAAAGAGAUCCUACAAGUGAUUCAGAGAGAACGACUCAAGGAGAUAAGUGGGACUUCCCCUCUUGCCUGUCUCAAUGCCAUGCUCCAUACAAACUCACGUGGAGAGGAAGGGAUCUUCUAUAAAGUCCCUGGUCGAAUGGGAGUCUAUACACUGAAGAAGGACAUUGCAGAUGCGGUGAAGGAGCUGUCAGAAGAGGCCUCAGAGGACAGCAGUGAUAACAUGUCUGAUACCCGAUGCACAGAAAAUAACAGCACCACCACCAACAGCAAAGAUGGCUGCAGAGGAAGGUGGAAAAGGAGAGUACCGACGAAACUGCAGUCUCAGCCUUCCUCACCACAAUCACGUUGUUCGUCUCCAUCAGUUUCCAGCAGCAAACUCAUCUCUCCGUCACAGAAACACAGCAAGAGGGCCCUCAAACAGGCACUGAAACAGCAGCAGCAGAGGAAUCAUCGGAGACAGUGUGGAAUCCCAACAACCUCCAGCCCAAGGCUACUCCUCAAGUCUGUCAAAGACAUGGCUCAUGAUUCAUCCUCCUCCAAAUCAUCCUGGGAACUGAAACAGACAGAGCGCUGCCCUGCCAGUCCACAGAACUCUACCUCCAGCUCGUCUUCAUCUGUCAAAGCAGAUGUGUGCCACACAGCUGGAGCCCGGAAAGUGUCUCAGCACUCCAGUCGGCUUAGUGCCAGACAACUGAGACGUACAAAAUGUGAGAUAGAUGUUGAGACACCAGACUCCAUCCUUGUCAACACCAACUUGCGAGCACUAAUCAACAAGCACACAUUCUCAUUGUUGCCUACAGAAUGUCAGCAGAAACUUUUGAAAAUGCUGCCAGAGGUUGAUCAGCAGGCAAGUAUGGAUGGGGCAUUGAAGGUGACCAGUUCUGCAUUGAACAAUGAGUUCUUCACCUCAGCAGCACAAUCUUGGAAGGAAAGGCUGGCAGAGGGUGACUUCACCCCUGAGCUGAGACUGAGAAUGCGACAGGAAAUUGAGAAGGAAAAGAAGGUGGAGCAUUGGAAAGAGCAUUUCUUUGAGAGCUACUAUGGUGAACAUUCUGGCCUAAGUAUAGAGGAAUCCAGAGAAUUGACAGAUGCUGUUGACAGUCCUGAACCAGCUAAAUGCACAGUGCAACCAGACAAGCCAGAGAUCGUUAAAGAGUCACUGAAGUUACACCAGGUGAUAGAGGUCAGCCACAGGGAGUUGAGAUCCAGAGAUGUGAAGACAGCAGUAACACAUCCUUCCCCUGAAGAGCCAAUCAAACUUCCAGCUCCAGAACUUCCACAGUUGUCCUUAGAUACAAGGAAUGAAGCACCAGAACAAUUUAUUGCAGAGUCGCCUGUUCAGAAAGCAGUGGGGCCCAAACCAGAGAGUGAAAAAACACUAGAAAAGGAGAUCAAGUGUAAGAACCCAACACCACCUUCGGAAGCAGUGGUCACUUGUUUGACAAUAAAGGAGACACAGGCAACUAAAAUUGAAAUCCCUGUGGCUGAGGUUGAACAGACAUUAACAGAGAGGAAUCAGGCAGAAUCUCCAAUGCUUGCUGUUACAUCUGAGCAUCUGAAAAGGAAGGUCUCCAGUGAACAGGAAACUGAGCUCAUAACAGAGAAGAAGCCCCGUGUCACUCCACCAGACAUGUCAUCCCCAGUUACAGCUAAAGAAACAGUAGAACAGAGAGUACCUCCUCUCAAAAUCCCAGUUUCACGAAUUCUCUCUGCCCCUGCUGUUAUUGAGCCAGUAUCCCCAAGGACUCCCGUGCCCUUGACACCACCUAGCGUUCGUCCCGGUCGUACCGGUGCUCGCACUCUAGCCGACAUCAAGGCAAAAGCCCAGUUAGCGCGGGCACAGCGUGCCGCAGCGGCAGCAGCUGGGUCAUCUUCCUCAAGGGGAGCCGGUUCAGUUGGAAGAACCUCCACACCCUCUCCAGCUCGGUCUUUUUCUGAGGAGUUUUCACCAACAAGCAGCAGAAGUCAAUCUGUGUCACCCAUAAAGCUGAGCUCUGGGUCUCCUGAGGGCACAGGGGGUCUUUCACAAACUUCUCCUUCCUCAGGCUUUACUGGACACAUAGAAACUGGUUUUGCCCAAGGCUUCAGUGCAAACCAGGUUCUUUUAAAAGACAAUAGCUCUUUGAUGGGGUCUCAAACCACUCAGAGUAUGUUGAACCCUAUGGUGAAGGAUCAACAUAGUGGUGGUGGGGUGCUAACACCUAUAAGUCAGGAAGGAAAACUGACAGUCUCAAAUGCAGUUGCUCAAAACCAGAGACCACAGCAGACACCUUUGUCAGGAGCGUCAGUGACUAAGCCUAGCUCUUCAAUCCCAACAAAUAAUCCUCUGGUCACCCAGCUUCUUCAGGGCAAAGAUGUUCCCCUUGAAAAGAUCCUUCCAAAGCCACUAGCCAAGAUGGAGUUUCAAUCUUUGGCCAUUUCUGACCAAGAUAAAGGUAACCUUGGUACCACCACUGUUGGGUUAAAACAAGAGGACCCUACAAACAAAAAAGAUAUCAGCAGAUUUGGGUGCCAAAUUUCUGCUGGUCCAUCUAUAAUGCAAGUCAGAUCUGUGGUAAGUGGAGACAAGCUAGUCAAAAGCACUCAGGACCCAAUCCUCCACCCGCUGAGGCCCAAAUGUGAGCCGAAACACACCAGCUUAAGCAAUCAACCCUCCCAAUUUCAAUCCUAUCAACUAGGGCUCCUUGACGGCAUCCAGGACCAAAGUAUCCAUCUUGGCAUUUUUGGGCGGAAGAGGACGUCCAAGCCAGCUAUGACAGGACACUACCUCCUCAAUGUCUCCACAUAUGGUAGAGGAUCUGAGAGCAGCAAAUGGCCACAUCUGUCUAGUAAUAAAAGCACAACCGUCUCCAAAUUGAAGCCUUUAAAGAAAGAGAAAAUGGAAGUAGAGGAGCAUGUGAAAGAAAGGGCAGAAUCUGUUGGAGGGACUCAUACCUCCUCUCAAGAAAACCUGAAUUCACCAAGGGUCAAAGUGGAACAGAAACCAGAGGUUUUGGCACCACAGCCCUGUUCUGAUAUAAAGUCUGAAUCUCCAUCUCUGAGCUGUUUAUCCAACAAAGAAAAAGUCAACACUAGAACCAAAGAAACAUGCUCAAGAACGCAGCUUGAUGUCUGUAUACAGGGUAACACAGAGCCAUAUCAGUUAAACGACUGCCGCCAACACAUGUACCUGUCUCAGAAAUCACAUAAUGGACAAGAACUUGUAAUAGGCCCUCAGUAUGGUGGCACCAUCAGCAUGUCUGUCCCUCAAGUAUUGAACCACAGCAUAGCUGACACUCUAACCUCUCCUACAGUGUCCUGCAGUGGUGACAGUGAUGUGGCUGGUGGAGGUAUGAUGUCCUUUUCUGUCACUGUUACCGCUAUACCUGCCGGUCACCUACUGGAUCAGAGUAAUCAGGAUGAGACCUCACCCAAGCAAGCCUUCAUAGAAACUUCAGGAAUGGAGGAUGUCCAGUCAAAGUGCUAUUGUCGGCUAAAGGCCAUGAUUAUGUGCAAAGGUUGUGGCGCCUUUUGUCACGAUGAUUGCAUUGGUCCAUCCAAACUAUGUGUCUCCUGUUUGGUGGUACGGUAAUGGUCAUUAUUGCAGGGGAUUAACUAUAACAUUGAGAAUUAAAGGUGAAGUGUGUAAUUUUUUCUAUGUUAAAAUACUUUCUUCUAUCCCAGCUUGAUAUGCAGAGAGAACCAUAAAGUAAGCCAUUUGUAGGUUGAUUCCUCUGAAAGGUGUAAGCACUAUGGCUGUGUUGCACUUUUUAGCAUCCUGACCAAUCUAACAUAGCAGCGGUGGCUCAACCAAUUGCCAUUUGUUUGGGGCUUGAAUAAUCCCUAACCCAAUUCUUCUUCUUCUUCUGUACAAAAUUUGGUAUCUAACUUGUCAUGUCAUUAAAAACAAUUCCGUAGACUUAGCAUUGAAAAGUAAACAGAGUGAUCAUUUCUCUGAAUAAGAAUACUAUAGAGACUUGGCCAUGGGCUUAUUUUGCUCAGCAAGCAGUCAUUCAGUAACACCCUAUCAACUGCCUAGCCAUGCCAUGAGCACCCUUGCAACCGAAAAGCAACAUGACCCUUCCAUAUCUCUGCUCCAGAACAUUGUAGAAACAUGGGGGAUGGCUUGUUUGACUUGUCACAGUUUACUGAGGCCCUUGGUAUAGAGGCCCCAGCCAUAUCUCAGCACCAGAACACCAUAGAGACAUGGGGACUCUUUUGACUUGGGGUAGUGUACUGAGGCCUUUUGUGGAUUGAGGACCUUUGUGGACCUCUUGUAGCCCUUGAGGACCCCUGGGAGCCCCAGCAAUAUAUUGCCACCAGAGUGAGCACUUUUGACUUGAGGCAAUGUACUGAUGCUGUUUGUGGGCCCCAUGAUGCCCUUGUAGGCCCCUGGGGGCCCUAACCAUAUUUCACCAACAGAACCUUAUAGAGACAUGUGAGACAUGUGGGCUCUUUUGACUUAGGGCAGUGUACUGAGGCCCUUGGUGGGACUUUGUGGUGGCGAGUUUUCCACGGCAAGCACCAAUGUCUUUUUUCAGAAAAUUUACCUAUCUAGUUAUUUUUGUAAUUCUGUUUAGUGAUGCAAGUGGUUCAGAAAUUACACACUUCACCUUUAAAUUACAUCACUGCAGUGAGGGUUAACCCAAAUGUUGAUGUCAGAACAGCAGUGACGCUCUUGCAUUGGUAACCACUUGUUGCCAUUUGAGAGGCAUGCUAUUUUGCUGUUACAGUUUUUCUUUACAGCACAUACACAUUUAUCACGAUAGAAGAUGAGGUAUGUAUAUGUGCAAUGUCGAGUAAUACUUCCUCUCAGUGAGCACCUUGUUUUAGACUCAAAAUUCUUAUUCGAUAGUGGCAAUAUUUAAUGUUUUUUUUUUUAUUGUAUUUUUUUUAUAUUUUUGUAACAAUUUUAGAAAUGGAAAUCAAUGUACUACUAUUUUUGUAGAUGUAAAAAUCAUUAUUAUGCCCCUCAGUUUUUAAAGAGUACUUUAACACAGUGCACACUAGCUUGCUGGAUUAGUAACAGGUAACAUCAAAUAUGCUUUGCCUGUACUGCAAAGCUGUUUGUUGGCUAGUUUAAGCCAGUGUGACUCAAGCAAAGAACCACACAACUGAAAUACCAGUUACUUUGCAGAAUUACUGUGAAUAUGUAAACCUAAUAUAUUAACCUGCCUUGUUUCUCAGCUUAAAUGGUACUGUUAAAAGUUUUUAUAUAAGAUAGAAGGGAGUUUUGUUCAAUUUGUCAACAGGCUAGCACUUCUCUUACAUUCUUGGAGUUUUUGUGAAGAGAGAAGAAUGUAAUAACAGGUUUAUAUUGAUGAUUGAUGGUGGCUAUAAUUUGUAUAUUUACAAUAUUUAUAAAAUUAAGAGCAUUAAGUUCCCUUCACAUUUGAUUCAUAAAACAAAUCUUAAAUAAGGUUUAUUAGGGUUGCACUUUUGUAUGUUCAGAAAACUACAAAGCACUUGAAUAAACAUUGCAAAUGAUCUAUACGUAACAAAUGGCUCUAAAAAUGACUCUUAAGGAUAAUGACAGUUGUAGCACUUAAUCAAAUAAUAUAUUGUACCCUCUCAGGAGCUAAACCAGGUCUUAAACAUUUCAUUAGCCUAUCAUUUGUAUUGGUUACGCCACUCCAAAUGACAUUGCCUAUAAAUGGAAUAGUAGAUAUUCCCUAUAAUCUAAUAUAAUAAUAAUAAUAAUAAUAAUAAUAAUAAAACAGAAAAAAAAACUAUUUGAGCAAUGAAGUAAAACACUCAGAAAAGAGAAUAUGAAGAUUUUUUUGCUUUGUUUUAUUUUAUAUUGUAAAUAUUUGCUUUUUUUAAAUUUUAUUUUUUAAGUACUGAAAAAUCGAUUUCUGCAAAGCUUUCCUGUAUCUUGCUUAUGAACAUAUCCGAUUGCCUGAUAAAGGGUUUUUAUAUGUGAAAAACUUUCAAACACAAAUCAUAAUUUUAAUAAUGUUUCAACAUAAAAUGUUGUGGCUCAAUUUCUGUCCUAAAACAAUUCAGCUAAACAGGUCAAUUUUGAUAUGAAUCAAUCUACAUAACAAACUUGUUGCAUCUUUGAAUCAGUCUUUUUUUAUUAUUGUCUGCCUUCUAGGCAAUAAAUAAAUAAAAUAAAAUAAAUAAAUACAUUUAAAAAAAAAAAAAUAUUUUUAUUUUAGAUAAGAUUUGCUUGGUAAUAUACCAAAGUCAAUUUAUGGGGACUAGAUAAUCAGAUAUUGUUUUUAAUGUCUAGUUAAGCAAAGUAAUAUAUUUUAAGUAAUAUAUUUUAAUAUAAGAAAUCAUUUUACAAACCAUUUAAGAUACAGGGUAUUUACUAUAUCUUUAUAUUGGCUGUCCCAUUUUGUUUUACCUUUGCCAAAGGUGUACCUAAACGUUUUACACCUUUUUGUACCAGGGCCCUUAUUACAGUCUGCUCCUUUGAGUAUUUUGAUCUUUACAUUUUUGUAGCUAGUCUUGCCUGCAAUGCAUUUACGUGCCCUUGCAGUGGAUUUGAAAUGGACAAAAAAAUAUAUUUGUGUCAUUUACAGUUCAUUUAAAUGAUUACUGAAAGAUUAGCUUCUUACAAAAAACUGUAUACCAGGUUAUUAAACUAUAGCUUGGUAGUUGUGUUGUGUUGAAUGUCUUUGGGUGUGAGGGUGUUUUUUUUUUUUUUCUUUCUUUUUCAGGUGGCUUUCAUUUACUUAUUUUGUCAGUGGGUUACUCUAAACUGUCGCUUUCAUUUACAUAUAUAUAUGCAGCAUUUAAUCAUACAUACAAGAGACUCAAGAGAAUAUUACUGUGAUACCUCUGUUAUACAUUAUACCAGGCCUUAGAACUGAUUUAGAAAAUUGUUGUUUAAAUUAACUCCCAAUUCUUGGAAAUAUUUUAAUUAGUGCUGUAAACAAGCAGUGUUUAACUGUCAUUUGUUAUUUACUGCCUUCGUUUACUGUGCAUGACUUACCACAACUCUAUCCACAAUCUUGUAACAUUUUACAAAAUACUUAGAUUUUUAAUGAUUCAAUAUUGUCCUCUGCACAACCUUGAAAUUGUAUGACUCAUAGUGUAGGAGGUGUUGGUAUUCCUGGAACAAUGUUUUUAAGAGUGGUUUCCACAAUGAGUGUUAUUUUAUGUUUUGAGAAGUAAAAUGUUUUAUGUAAAAUAAAGGCGAAUGUAAUAUAGUAUUUGUAAUCAGCACUUGUAAGCAAAGUGUAUUUUAUCAAGAAACAAUAUGAAUAAAAAUGCAGGA